GAUUAUGUCAGAUUUACAAAAAUAAAUCGUCAAGAGUUGAGGCGUUGAAGUUUGUUUUCACUUUUAUUUUGUUAUUAUAUUGUAAAUUGUAGUUGUUUUAUAUAAAAUUCAAACAUGGUUAUUAGAAUUUUCAGUUGGUUCGGUCUAGUUACUGUUAUUAUCAAUGGAUUGUUUGGUUUUGGGUGGUAUUUAACGUUUCUUGCGUUCAUCGUCUCAUUUCUGGCUGGGAUUGUAACAGUUCUUUACUUCACAUAUGACAGCAAAAGUAUAUUCUCAGUUGAUUUAGAUUGUUUGGAUGACCCAUUGCAACAGACAAACUUUUCUAUUCAAGUACCAAAGGUGCUAGAGUUAUUUAAAAAAGAAACUCCUUUGCCAAAAUUCGACAACAGAAUCACGGGUAGUGAGACCGUGGAUUCGUUCCUUAAUGAGAUUUUAACGAUAAUCAUCAACGAUUAUGUGUGUCCGUGGUAUGAGAUACUGACAAAUGACGAGGAACUUACGAACCAUUCCAUAAAACGAUUGGUGCUGGCUGCUGGUGCUAACGUAGCUAAUAGAGUGAAAUGUGUGGAUUGGAUCCACUUACUGUCCACCCGUUUUCCAGAAGAGUUGACAACACAUUUGAAACUGUUUAAACAGUCCAGAGUGAGGUUGAAACAUGUAGAUUUGAUGACUGCUAAAGAUGUGUCCAACGGUACUUCUAGACCGAGCCCCAAGAAACAAGAUGAUAGGAAAACUCAUAGACGAAAUAAAAGUGAUACUGACUUGUCAUGGCCUCCAGAUGCACAAACAUUUGGAAAGUCGAAGUUUUACGACAGUUCAGAGAACAUAAGCGGGAAGACCCUGAAGGAUAUAUUUUUUGAACUAGAAUGUUCUAUAGAGAACAGACAGUUGUGUCGUGAUAUUUAUUGUAUGGACUCCGAAAAGGAAUAUGAGUUACUAUGCGAAGUGUCCGAAGCUGUUCUAUACUUGGUCGCGCCUGAAGAAGCGUGGCGGUGUCACGCAUUGAAACUGAUUCUGAUUGAGUUACUGUCGGCUGUUGUACUGCGACCUAUGAUCAAUUUGUUGAGUGACCCUGAUAAUAUCAACAGGACUAUUUUACGAAGUUGUUGUCGAGAUUCCUGCCUACCCUCGGAGUUGUUCCUGGUCGUAAUCAGGUGCUGCACUGACGCUGAAGAAUUGGAUGCCACUGUAGAACUCGUACAAAAAGAUAUACAGAAAUUACAUUCCAGAGACAGUGCAGGCGAAUGGGAACUACAGGACAGACAGAAGCUUUCAUCCCUCCAAUACUUAAGCAGGAUAAUCCAAGCCAGAAGGGCUACCUUAGGACCACAAGAAGGUCUAUCACACACUACUACUCCUGACAAAGUUUCAGAAGAAGUUGCGAGGUCACUAAAGUUCUUAAGAGCAAGCACUGCUUGGAGAUCGAAUGCACAAUAUUUAUUGGAGAUUGAGUUGAAUGAGGCUGACGCACCCCACACUUCGAAAGCAGUGCUAGACAACUUAAGAUCAUCAGCAUUAGAGCUCUGCGACUUAUACUUGGCACCGAACAGGCCGACCGUGAUGGGUAUACCGGAGAACUGCUACGGCGAGCUGGUCAGGAAGAUCACUACCGAAGGCGAGGAGUUCACCAACAAUCCUGUCAACUGCUUCGAUGAGAUCCAGAAGUGUGUUUGUGAUGCUUUAGAGGACGAUCCAUCAUGGCAGAGCGAUUAUAUGAUGGACAGCGAAGAUAGUUCUGAUAAAAGCAGCGAAAUAAAAAAGGACGAGAAACCAGACAAGAAAUACAGCGACAAAUGCAAGAAAAUUAUGAAGUCAUGUUUGAAUCAGUUGCCUAAGUUGUUCGCCAAAUCGAAGUACAAGUUUGACCUGCCGAACAAGUCCUCAACGUUCCCUCGCUCCCUCACGCGAAGAGUACCAAGUAACAAGAACCACACACUACCUAAAUGCAAUGCGUUUGGCGAUGUACUACCUGUACCGGGAACGAGACAUAACAGGUCAAGAUCUGAUAUUGUUGGCAAUUUGGCGCAGAGGAUGAUGAUUAAUGAGGGUGCUGGUCCAUCUAAUUUGUCAUCAGCAAACAGUAGCAACCUUUCUCUUUCUCACUCCGAAAUAAGUAGAAACGCCAAAAACUUAAUGUCGCCAUUGUCAGCGUGUAUUAUUGAAACUGCUCUAGUACAGGACAAAGGACGUGCUUUCGGCAUAUACGCCAUAGCAGUGACCAGGCUAUCAGAUAACGAAGUGUGGCACAUAUACAGAAGAUACAGCGAUUUCUAUGAUCUACACUCUUCUAUUAAAGAUAAGUGGCCGGAAUUAAGCAGCCUCCCAUUCCCGGGAAAGAAAACGUUUCAGAAUACAUCUCGUACGGUUUUGGAAAGUCGGAAACGCAUGUUAAAUACUUACUUACAAACUUUGGCUAGUUUGGCCAGAGACGCCAAAUAUAUGACGUUGUUGUCUCCCGACUAUUUAGGAGGGUUCCUUAGUCCGGAAAAUCAGACUGAGAAACAUAGUAAUACGAUUGAUGCUCUCCUAGUGAAUUCUUUAAGAGCCGGCAUGAGAACGUUGAAGAACAUGCCCGAUCAGUUCGCUAACACCGUCGAUGGAGUUAUGGAUGGUAUUUCUAAAGUAUUCCAAGGGAAGAGCGAAGAAAACUAUUACGAUGGUUUUAAAAGUGGGAAUUCGUCUGACGGACAAGAGGAAAACGACGAGAGUGUGGCUCUGAAACUGUUUGAAGAAGUAUUAGGUAUAAGAGGUUUAUGGUUGAGAAGACGUCUGCUUGCUCCCAUCAGGACAUUGAUUGCAGAUAGAGUUAAUAAAAAGGUGCUAGAAUUCGUGUCGUCUUUAACGUCACCCCGCAACGUCGUUCAAUAUUUGAAGACAUUCAAGCAGUGGUUGACAAGUCGGAAUAGUUCGAGUAUCGGCAACAGAGACGCUGCAACAAAAGCCAGGACGCGAGUCGCUGCUAAAGUUGCCUUGCUAUCUGCUUGCUCAGAUGACUUGCGCCACAUAGUGGGCUCCGACACGGCUAGAAGAGGUUUGCUGACUGUAUUCGAUCUGUUCCAAAACCAGGAGAUUAAUAGAAGAUUGAUAUUUGUGCUGCUUGAAACAAUGCUAACAAACUUGUUCCCAGACAACAAUAUACCGGAAUUAUUUAAGAAAAUGUACUCACAUUCACCGCGCGUGCCUCCGCCCAAGAAAUCUGUCAACGUAUAACUAACAUACACACGGAUCUGUUGAUUUUCUUUGUUAUAUCUAUCUUUUUAUAACGUCAAACGUCCAUUCGUUUCAAUGUAUUUUUUAUACGUUGCUCAAGUUUUCUCUGUUUCUUAAUUUUGAACUCAAACUCGUCUGUCUAAGGUUGAUUUUGUUUGCAACUACUAUUUUGAGAUUCUUUUUGCGUAAAUUAGUGAUAUUUAUUCCGAAAACCGUCUUUAUUUAUUAGAAUAUUAAUUCAAGGCUUAUUUUGUGGUAAGAAAAUGUCCAUUGAGACCAACGAAGUAAUUUAUACAGCUUUUGGCUUUUUGGGCCAAGCGUAACCAGCGCCAUCUAGUAAGAUUUAUUUAAAUUAAUAUUUAUUCGAAUAUGGCUAUGCAUUUAUAAGGAGGUUCUACUUUUUAAUUAGUGCAGUGCCAAAGACAUUAGUCAUUAUUUAAUUGGCAAUGUUAUAAAUAUAAAUACGAAAUUGUGAUAUAUAAAAAUGUACCUAAAAUGAAAUUCUAAAUAUUAGUUAAUCUAUGGCAAUUAUUAAUUAGUAAAAUAUACAAUUGAAUAGUUAAUUUUACAAUCUGAUUAUGAUAAAUACGACGGUAAUCUUUUCUGUUUCGAAUGUUCUUAGUGAAUUAUUUAUUUUUUUAUUGUAAUUGAAAUUGCAGCUGUUACGUGAAAUAGGUAACUGAAAUAAAAUGUUAAUUAUAUUCACUUUUGUAAUUUUAUGUUUGGAAUAGACUAUCUUGUUGAUCAAGUGAACAUAAGGGCAACUUUGGUCAGCAAAAACUAGCUUUGAAGUCGAUUCUCAGAUUGAAAAAAGAUGUUACAUUUUAUAUGUGCAUCUAGUACUUUAUUUUGUGGAACAAAGGGAGUGAUGUUUGUGCUAUGUUAGAAUUAAUUUGCAACCAAAAUUUUGACUUAAACAUGUUUAUUUAAAGCUAAUGAGGAACGCUGAAGUUAUUUAUUUUAUAAUUUUGUAAGUGCGUCAAUGAGCCAUAAUAUUGUAAUUUUAUUAUUUGAAUGUUUUUAUUUUUCUCUCGCUCUCGGGAUUGAUUCCCGGGUUGUGCAAAGUAUUAUUGUGUUUUUUUUAAUAAUAUAAAGUUGGAAAUGUGCCCUAUGUAUAAACAAUAGUUAAGUCCUCUAUAACAUAGGACUUAUUUAUAACAUAACUGGCGAUAAGUGUUAUGUUAUGUUUAAAAGAUAUCUCAAUAAAAUAAAAUAAUUAUUUAUAUAAAUGAAUGAAAAGCAAUAAUAGUAAUAAAUGAUAUUUAACAAAUACAUAUCAUGAGUUCACAAUAAUAAUUCUAUUAUAUUUAUAGUUACACUACAUUCCAUUGAUACAGAUUAUUAAUAUAUUUUAUUGUAAUUAAGUACCUAAGUAUUUAUUUGAUUUAUUAAUAAAGGAUUUUUUAUUAAA